CCGCUGGCCAGGCCUUGAGUGCAGAGCGUUCGCCCUGCGGGGAAUGACUUUAGUGUUGUACACUUCAGAGUUGAUGUCCGGCACACGAUGGAGAAGAUGGUAGAAGAUACGGCAGGUUCCCAUGAUGAAACCCUGCUGUGAAGUUGCUGUUGCUAUGGUGUAUAGUUGAUGCUACUCUGGCCAUGGCGGACAGUGUUAGGACAUUCCUUUUGGAUGUUGUUAAGGGGAUAGGGGAUUCUGUUUUUGGAAUACGAACAAUCUCCAAGCUUGAUGAACGGAUUCACCAGAAGCGAGAAGAACAAAGAAAGAAGAAAGAGCAACGCAGUGCGUUGGCACACCGCAGAGCUCAGAUAGAAGAGAAGAGGGAGGAGAAUGAGCCCCGAAUAGCAAACAGGAUUGUGCAGUGCUGUGCCUGGAACGGAGGGAUAUUCUGGUUGAGUAUCUUUGUCUUUUACCGGGUCUUUAUCCCUCUGCUUCAGGCCAUCACUGCACAUAUUAUUGGUGAUCCCUCAUUACAUGGAGAUGUCUGGUCCUGGUUGGAAUUUAUCCUGAACUCCACCUUCAGUGCUUUGUGGAUAUUGCCUCUCUUUGUUCUCAGUAAAAUAGUGAAUGCCAUCUGGUUUCAGGACAUUGCCGAUCUAGCAUUUAAAGUGUCUGGAAGGAAAGCACAACCCUUCCCCAGCAUCAGUAAGAUUAUCGCAGACAUGCUCUUCAACCUGCUUCUGCAGGCCUUGUUCCUCAUUCAGGGACUGAUUGUGAGUCAUUUUCCUAUUGAAAUCAUCGGACAGCUGGGCAGUCUGUUCCACAUGUCAAUGCUAUAUUCCCUGUACUGCUUUGAGUACAAGUGGUUCAACAAUGGGGUGGAGAUGCACCAGCGCUUGUCCAACAUUGAAAGGAAUUGGCCCUAUUACUUUGGUUUUGGAUUACCCUUGGCUAUUCUCACUGCUCUGCCCUCGUCCUAUGUGAUCAGUGGCUGUUUGUUCUCCAUUCUCUUUCCUCUGUUUAUAAUAAGUGCAAAUGAAGCAAAAGUCCCAGUGAGGUCAUUUCAUUUUCAGCUGCACCUCUUCUCCUUUGUUAUCAUGCUCAGCAACAAACUCUUUCACAAGACAGUUCAUAUUCAAACUGCCAUGACAACAACAGGGUCAUCUGAGCAUCUGCCAUCUUCUCAUCUGUCCCCUGCCAAACAGAGACCCAUGAUGCAACAGUAAACUCCAGUUCAGGGCACUUUGCUUCCUGACACUUUGCACAAGGUACACUCAAAGUUUUGCCUCCUAUGAAGGCAGGACAGUUUUCCUGGAGGCUUUGAGUAGCCACGUUUCGCUUGCAUGUCUAGAUGUGGAUUGUACCUGGCACUUCCGACUUCCAACCCUGAAUCUGUACAUAACUUGUCCUCCUGCUAUGGAGCUGGCAGGUAAAAGGUUUGAACUUCGAUCUGAUUUUAAUGUGGUAACUUUUAUGUGAGAAAGCAUUUUAUAGAAGAUGUACGAGUGAGACAGAAUUUGCAGCAAAUACUAGCUGACUUGUGCCUAAAUGUUACUUUUUUUUUGUACACAUUUGUGCCAAGUAUGUGACUUACGGAAUACAAUGCUUUGCUUUAUUGUUGUUUUGAGGGAGUUUUGUGAGGGGUGGGGGAAAUGAGGAACUGCCUGUGGGAUUGUAAAAAUGUAACUGUACUUGUGUCAGUAUUAGUCUCAGUCCAGAUAACCAUCAGGGAUAUCAUAAUGGAACGGUAACGUGUUCUAGCUCAAUAUUAAACCAAUAAUGAUUAUGGUAAGUGUAUUCGUGAUCCUAUUGAAUGAACGAAGCCUGUUUUUUUUUUAGAAAUUUGGUUGUUUUGAAGAGGGAGAAUGGUGUACUGCAGUGGACUUCACAAAAUCUUGCUCCUCAACUGAAAAUCUUGCUCCAUCUAUUCUUAAUGUAAGAUUAUUUCCAUGUAGAUUGUCUCAAAUCUGCUGUUAUGGUUAGGAUUGAUGGUGUUCACACCACUGACUGUUGGAUUUAUGGCUAAGUCACAUACUGACAUACACGCUCACUGAGCAAGUAAGUGAAGGUCACUUGCACUAAUCUGGGACGAGGAGAAAUACCCAAAUGUUCCACUACCUGACAUGCCUUCUGUAAGCUGUACCAAAGUGGGUUUGUUGCUCUUCUGAACUCUUUGGCAGAUUAGAUGUUUAAUUUAAAGUCCUUAUUGCACAACGAUCCAAACAUUCUUUGAAAGUAACCACACAACAUGGGGAACCCAUAUCUUGCCACAAGUAAUGUUCAAGGCAAGUGAUCCUGAUCACUAGUCAGUCAAGACUUUUUGUAGUAAGUCCAUUCCAGCCCCUUCCAACUUACAAAACUAAACUGUUCAUGUUAAGAAGUCAAAUGAAUAAAGUUGGUUAAAGUUGCCACUUUGCUUCGCCAGCAUGUUUGUAAAUUAGAUCUGAUAUCUUGGAAUAGUUGCAACACAGAAGGUAACCACGUGGCCCACCGAGUCUACUCUAUGUUGACCAAUGUGGUGUUGAAGAAAACCACUUAAGCAAAAUGUAGGAAUGUUUGGAGACGGAAACAUGAAGGGUCAGGUGCCCUCUUCUCCCAGCCUAUCCCCCACAUGGUAAGAUCAUGCUUUGUAAACUUUUGAGGUUUGGUUCACUUCUGUGCUUUUUGUCAUUUUGCCUUUUUUUCCUGGAUUGGUUGCUGUUCAGUGAGCUGUUAUAUCUCAGUCAGAUUUAAAAACCUACAACUGUUGGCCAAGGUAUUUCAUUAUUAAUGAUUUUCUGGAUUUCAAGUUAUAGCCAAAUAUAUUAAAAAAAUUAAAAGAGCAAAGUACAAUUGUAACGAAGAGCCAGUAUGAGUUGGCUGUCAAGCCCAUAGCAUAUACAUCAGAUUUUAAUGAAUUAGAGUAUCUUCAUGACUGGCAGGGGAAGGGAAAUUUUGAAGUAUAACUUUGAUUUCCCCAGUGGAGAUUGACAUUGGUGAGCAAGAGUAGGUGUAGAUUGAAAGAUCAAAGGUGUAUUUGUGGUAAUGAAAGCCACCAUGUGUAAAGUAUGCUCGAGGUUGGUUAUGUGGGCAGUUAUUGAAUGACACAGAUACUGGAUGACAUGAAGUGAAAGAAUAGUUACUGUAUUAAGUGUGUAUGGAGGGCUGUGGGUCGAAGCUAAUUAAAGUCACCGUAAAAUUAAUUUUGGGUUAACUCAGAUCCUGACCACACUUAUUCCUCACCUCCGAUUUCCACAUGACCUGAUGUUGACAGAUUUUUUUGUUAAUUUUCUGCUUUUCCCUCAUCACCUAAAAAGUGGUGGCUUUUUGCUGAGGGAUAGGGGACUACCUAACCCAGCUGGCAAGGUUCAACCAGAUCACCAUACAGGUAUGAACCAGGAAGACCAUUUACCCAUCCAGAAAGACGCUAAAGGUCCCUGUUCUACAGCUGUUUCAAAAUUGUUCCAGAGCGUUCAUUUUUACUGUCUUACCCACAAGUCUACUGUGUGAGUUGAUCAUGUUUAUAAAGCAGAAUUUCCUGGAACGAGUUCUAAAUUUUGCCUUUUACUAGCAGGAAUCUAUCCUGCCUUUUUACAGUUAUUAGUUUAAAAUUGUUCCAGUGUCAUGUUGCUCAGUUGUCAUGUUUGCUUUUGUAAGGUUGCUGCUUGUUAACUCCCCUUGUAGUUGAAAAGCCUGUUUCUCUAGCCUUUCCUCUGAACUUUGCUCUUUGAAUGCUUCAUAUCUCCAAUGAACAGAAAUCAACAUUAUAGACUGAGGCAACAAAUCCAUGGUACUGCAGUGCAUAGGAUAGCUUUAGCUAAUUUCAACCAUUUGAUAAAAAGAUGCUUUUAAACCUGUUCUAACAUUGAGAUUUAAUGCACUUGGUGUUUUAAAACUUAUCAAGUAGUUUAUGUACCUCUAUGAUCUACCUUGGCCAUUGGCCAAGUUCAGCAGACUCCUGUGGCCUAUCCUAUGAUAAUCACAGACAUUGGAUAAAGGUUACUAACAAACAUGGGAAUGAUGAUGAUGAGGAUUUUCCUUUCCCCUGCUCCGAGAUUGGAUCCAGGUAUACCACAACCAAUUUUAGCAAUAGUGUGUGUACUAUGGAAGGAGAAACCAAUGUGUGGAAGAGAUUUGUUAUUUUACCCAACUGAGAUUCUAUUGCAGAGCCUGUUCUCAAAUGAGGUGUGUCAGAACAGUAAUAUGAAGACCAAUAUGUCUAGUUAGCUCAGUAACAAUGUUAGUACAUAAUUCUGUGAAGAAAGGUUUUGAAUAGGGUAAACCCCAUUGCAUCAGAGGGAAAAUCAUAACCAACGUCAUUGUGUUUUAGUCGUUUUUGCGCUUUGUUUUUGAUCGAUGUUGUUCACCAAGCUGAUCACUGAAAGUAGUUAUCACCAAGUUUUCUUAAUCUUGAAUAUGUAGAAUAAAAAAAAUUAAAGGGCGUUCUCUGUCUCUCUGGUGCGGACUGCGGCAAACAGCCAGGUUCGUAUAAAGACGGGCUCUCAAGUUUGCAUCAUUUGUUGUAAAGUUAAUCUUUUUUUCUCUCGUAUUUUCCCUUUUUUGUGUCCAUCACUUUCCCACGUUGAAUGCUUUUCCACAGCUGACACUGUGGGACUUCUCUAUAAAUCCCUUAAUUACAUUUUAUGGCACGAUUCCCUCCAGAGGUUUAUAUGUAAGCCACUUAAAUCCCUCAUUUAGAUUCCAGCCUGUAACUUAAAUAUAUUCAUCACUAUUAUUCAAUAUUUAAUGAACAAAUUAGCUGAUCCAAAAAAGACUGUCCUGGUGUGAUUUGUGUAUCUUUAAUUAACGGCAGCUCUCCAAGCAAAGUAAGUUUGGUUUUGGUUCAUAACUCUGAAUUGCAUGUGACCUUUAUUUACAGAGACUAUCUGUACUCACCCAGGCAUUAAUUUAUGGGUUGCUUUAAUGCUGCAAAACUUCUGCCUGCUCCAGGUUAUUUGCAUAUUAACUGGAAAAGGUCCUUGAAGCUCCAUAUAGUCAGCAAAUACUCUUGAAGAUGUGUGCAGACAGAAGUUAGCAAAUCCCAUUUGUCAAGUUUUACAAGUUGUUGCAUCUCACUCCUUGCAAUAGAGACCCAUAAAGCAGGUUGUAUCUAUGUUCUUGCCAGGGCCACUGCCAAAUGAAGUCAGAUCUCAUACCAUUUAAACUCUGUGUUGGACCUUCAAUACCAAUAGUGUGCCAGUAAAAUAGUUAGCCAGUGAAAUUAAAUUUUGAAACAGUAUGAUGAGAAACUAGCAAACUGAGCAGUCAGCAAGGUCUCAGGCCAAAGUAGAUUAUGGUUCAAGUAAACACUAAUAAUCAUUUCAGGAAGCUCUGGAACUGAACGCAAAAAAAAACCUGUAGAUGCUGGAAAUCUGAAAAAAAACAGAAAAUACUAAAAAACCACUCAGAUCAGGCAGUAUCUGAGGAAAGAAACAUUUGACGUUCAGGCUGAAGACCCUUUGUUAGAACCGGAAAAAUGAUAAUUUUGUUGCAAUGAAGAUGGUGGGGGGUGGUGUAUCUGUGAUAGGGUGAGGUCAGGGUUACUGUCGGGCUGAGCUGUAGGAGUCCUCUGCUCAUGGGUUAAAGGAGGCAGUUAGAGGGCGAUAAUAUAAAGAAACACAUUGUUGCUUAGCAGGUCAGACUGGACUCAUGGGGGGAGAGAAAGUAAUUGGUUCAAUGUUGCCUCCAUUCUCCAGUUCUGAUGUGGGAUCUUUGACCAGAACCAUCUACCUAAAACGUAGGAGUGUUCCAUUGGAGCCCUGCUGGCUCUAAUCUCAUCAGCUGACCAAAGAGGAAGGGCUCACUGGAACUUUAAAGACUGAAAAUGAAGUCCACCCUCAUUAGAUACAGUUUUAACUGAUUACAGGAGAAAAGACUUCUUGGAAUGCCAUUGGUCUUCAUUCCACCCCCCCGUCCAUUAUUUGCUCCAAGUUGCCUUGAGUGAGUGAAGUUGCUGGCAUUUGUCAAUUGACCAUGCUGGAGAUUUCUUUACUGCAAAGAAUUCGUCUGUGGGAGUUGUAACAGCAUUCACUUAAAUUGACUGUGUAGUGAUCACAUCUUUUGUCUGCUGAAGAAAAGCAUUGGUGAACGUUCCUUUUGCAUUGGGUUGCUUCUAGGCUGUUGCAACUGCCUCAUAGCAUAACUGUUUGACGCAAUUAAUUGCACAUAACUUGUAUUCUUGUUUGUAUUAUAUCUUGUGUGAUUUGUCAUGCAAUUGAAACACCAUCUCUGAUUGUGAAUUGUUAAGCUGUGAGGUUCUGGUAAUUGAUGGGUUAUUGUGCUACCCUUGUAUAUCUGUUGUUAAAAUGUAUAUUUUAACUUUCAUCCUUGAAGCUAUUUGCAGGAGACAUGGAAAAGGUUCAAGCAGAUGCUGUAAGUUCAGAUUCCUUCAUCCCACAACCCCUGGGCACUGCUAUCUGAUGCACCUAUUUCUAUUUCUGUUUGUUUGCAAUACAGUUUGCAGCUAUCAGAUGAAACUGUUGCUGCACUGAUCGAUGAAAGCUUUCAGCAGCUAAAUUACUGAGGGCUAGACAAAGCUAAUAUGGUUUUUUUUAAACCCAGUCCCACCCUCCUGAGGGGUCAAGUCAGUCAAGGGUAUUGUUACACCGUUGCCGGUUCUAAGUGACACAUUUAAUGCUGUGUAUCAGCAGGGUGCAGAGGGGUGGGGUCAGGCAUCACCUCAUCCCAACGUCCACCACCUGCAGCAGGGAUCACUGUUACCCUGGCUCAGUGCAGGUCUGGCUGUUGGUUCUGCUACCCCUAGUUACUUGGCUUUAACAAUGUCAACUGAGUGAUUAUUCAGAGAUGGGAUGCAUCCUCAAUGGUAAAGUAAAACCUCUCUCACAACAAACCAAAAAUGGGAUGUGAAAUAUGUGGUUACAGGUGUGCUGAAGGACUGAGUCCUAAUGUUUUCUUGGCAAGCUGCUUGUACUCCUUUAUAUGAAGGACAAUAUUAAACUUUAUUUCUAAUGUACAUUUUCAAACUUCAUAAAGCAUGUUGCUUUCAAGCUACAGGAAGCUUGAGCUGGUCAACUUUUUUAAAAAAAAGAGCAAGUCUUAAUGUGCUAUGUUUUGUGAACUUGUACAAGGUUAAAAGUUGUUUUACAUUGUAUGCUUUUGUAAUGAGGAUAAGUCCUCGGUCCCUGUCAGACUGAGGAUUUUCACAAGACAGUUUAGUUUACUUGUCAGUGUACGUACCACUGAACGUGGAAAUAA